AUGUUUCUCUCUCUUCCUUCUUCUUCUUCUUCUUCGUUUCUUCUGUUCAUUUGUCUGUUUCUUCUCUCCAUUUUCACAGAACCUCCCUGCAGCGCCGCCCAAUUACUCCCCAACUCCUCCUCCUCCGGCCAUUCCCGCCAUAGUCAUCAUACCCCCCGCCAGCUCUCAGUUGAUUACUACUCCAAGUCCUGCGCUGAUAUUGAACGCCUCGUUGGCGCCGUCACCUCUCAGCAGUUCAAGCUCACUCCAGUCUCUGCUCCGGCCAGCAUCAACCUCUUCUUCCAUGACUGCUUCGUUGAGGGUUGUGAUGGGUCGAUAUUGGUGGCGUCGACGGGCGGAUCGAAGGCCGAGAAGGAGGCGGAGCAGAACAGAGAGCUGAGGGAAGAAGGUUUUGAGAUAGUGAAGAAGGCGAAGGAAUUAGUGGAGAGCAAGUGCCCAGGCGUUGUGUCUUGUGCUGAUAUUCUCGCUGUUGCUGCCAGAGAUUUUGUUCAUUUGGCAGGAGGGCCAUAUUACCAAGUAAAAAAGGGUCGAUGGGAUGGAAAAAUAUCCAUGGCUUCUAGAGUUGGAAACAACCUUCCUUUUGCAAAUUCCACCAUUGAUCAACUCAUCAAGCUCUUCGCCUCCAAAGGCCUUACCCUAGAAGACAUGGUUGCUCUCUCAGGUGCCCACACCAUUGGGUAUGCCCAUUGCAACCACUUUGUGACCCGCCUCUACAAACCCGACCCAAGCAUGGACCCAAAACUCAUGCACGCAUUGAGGAUGUAUUGCCCCAGCUAUGGAGGUUCAAAUGCUGUGGUUCCUUUUGAUGCCGCUACUCCAUUCUUGUUCGACAAUGCUUACUAUGGGAACCUGCAGAAGAAGAUGGGUUUGCUGGCUUCGGAUCAGGCUUUGUUUUUGGAUCCGAGAACUAAGCCGUUGGUCGAAGCAAUGGCCAAAGAUAAGCAGAAGUUUUUCCAAGCUUUUGCAAGCGCAAUGGAGAGAAUGAGUUUAGUGAGAGUGAAGAGAGGGAAAAAGCAUGGAGAGAAGAGGAAAGAUUGUAGUAUGCAUGCGUGACUAUAAUUCAACGUAGUAGUAUGUCCACAUAAAGAAUGAAAUUCUCUUAUUUGUGUUCAUAUAUUAAGAUUUUCUGUGAA